CAGCAGCGCUGUCAGUCAGCAGCAGCAGUCAGCGGAAAAGUGUAAUCCUCAUUCAUUGCUUUAUAUGAGGAAUAUAAAUCGCUUUUAUGGGCCGGUGGUGAUGAAAUAAUGCGCUCGUUUUCAGUUCUGCUGCUUGCUUUGCUGCACUGGGUUUUUCCUGCUGCUGGAAAAACAAUUUCAGGGCUGUUUCGGAGCGAAACAGCGAGGGAGAAUAAUGGGCAGUACAUCAGCAGAUUUCUGUAUCACGGGGAGAAUGGUCUGAUGGCGUAUCGGCUGGAGAACGUGCCCUUGGCUGUGCAGAAGGAGGCUAAACUGCUGCUGUUUCAGGGCAUGGAGGGCUUUGACAACCUAAGCUGUCUGGAGAGAGUGUCAGGAGCUCAGCUCACCAUUACGCUGAGCUCAGAGGAGCACAAUGAGACGAUACCCUGGCAGGUUAACCCCAAGACCUGGCACGUGAUGUACGCAGACCGUUACACCUGUCAGGAAGAGGAGAUAGACGGAGGGAUGGAGAGCCUGGGCUUCCAGAUUAUAAUGCUAAACCCGGACUCUGCAGGAAACCCACUCGACCACUUCAGUGCUGAGGAGGCGGGUUUACACAGUUUCUACUUCAUGCUGAUCCUGGCGUAUUUUGUGGCCACCUGUAUCUACGUGCAGCCGCUGUGGCAGGCUCUGAAUAAAGGAGGACCCAUGCACACGGUCCUGAAGGUGCUGUCCACGGCUCUGUUACUGCAGGGCCUGUCUGUGCUCUUUAACUACAUCCACAUGGCCAGGUACGCUAGAGAUGGAGUGGGAGCUCCACUGAUGGGAAAUCUUGCAGAAUUGUGUGACAUGGUGGCUCAGGUGCAGAUGCUGUUCAUGUUGCUGAGUCUGUGUAUGGGCUGGACGCUGAGCAGAGGCAGGAAGUCUCAGAGUAAACUCCUACAGUGGGACUCCUCCCCUGCAUCCACUGCUCUUGCGCUGGGCGGAGUUAUCACACAGGGAGCGCUGCUGAUCUGGGAGCAGUUUGAAGACACAGAGCACCACAGUUAUCAUGCUCACCGCAGUCUAGCCGGUCUGCUGCUGAUGGCUCUGCGUGUAGCUCUGGCUCUGGUUCUGGCGUCAGUGCUGUAUCAGAUCAUCUCUGUAGAGAGAAGCACUCUGAAGAGGGACUUCUACCUCAGCUUCGCCAAGGGGUGCUUCCUGUGGUUCCUGUGUCAUCCAACCCUUGUUUUCCUGUCUGUAAUAUUCAACGAGCAUCAGAAAGAAAAGAUCAUAACCAUCGGCGUGAUUCUGUGCCAGUCCAUCUCUGUGGUCAUCUUGUAUAGGCUCUUCCUGUCUCGCAGUCUUUACUGGGAGGUAUCUUCACUGUCUUCUGUCACACUCCCUCUCACCAUGUCCAGAGGACCCCGGGGACAUUACUGAGGAGCGGGGUGGAACCACAGUGCUGUGACUCCUGUUAUAAGGAGAACUGGGGGCUCCUUGCUGUCUUGGUCACAGAUGCUCCAGCAAGACGUGCACCAACAAUUUGUCCUCUUUUGAACUCUGGUAUGUCACCCAUAAUGUUGUGUGCAUUGCAAUAUUUAGAGCAGAACUGUGCUCUUACCCUGCUAAUUGAACCUUCACACUCUGCUCUUACUGGUGCAAUGUGCAAUUAAUGAAGAUUGACCACCAGGCUGCUCCAAUUUAUCCAUGACCCCUUUUUUCAGUUUCAUUGUCCAACUCCUGUAUAUGUAUGAUGCAUUUGGGAGAAAAUUAUUUUCACGUUUCCUUUAAGAUUAAAGAUGUUUCAGAGCUUUAUUUUAAAUGGAAAGUUACUGGAAAUGGAAAUUUAAAAACCCCAUAUAAUGUUUAAGUAGGCCUGCUAUAUUGUAACUGCAACCCUGCAGUUGAUGCUGAUGCAUUUUAUUUGUGAUUUUAAAGCUGAUUUAAGCAGUAAAACGAUAAUUUGUUUCAACUCUUAAAAAAACAUUAUACACUGACACGCCCAAAAUCAUUAGAGAGCAGUGUGUAAACUGGUCAUGAAGCGUACAAUCCCUCAGGGGAUUACCUCAGCUUGGGAAUGCCCAUGUCUGUAUAAGUGGUGAGGUGUUAUCUUGUGAGUGAGAUUAACCCUUUCAGACCCUGUGUCAAUUACAAUAGACAUCAUGUUGUUUUUUCCCCCAAAUGUUCUGUUGCACAUAAACACUAAUUAGAAUAGAUCAUAAACCAGCCAAUGAAACAGUUGCUUAGCCCCACCCACUGCACUGGAUGAAACUCGGUCAUUAUGGCAUGUCAGUGUUAAAUAACUGAGAAAUCAGGCGAAGUAAUACAAGCUAUUUUUUACAAAUUCUUCACGAUUUAGAACACUUUUUUUUAUCAAGUUAAGGAUACAAAUUUUACUUAAUUGAAUUUGUUUUAACAUAGUUAAUAAUAUUAUGAUAGUAGUGUCUUAUUUUUUGUGCUAUACAGACAGAAAACAGCAUUUUAUUUUAUAUUUUUCCAUCACUGGAUCAUAAUUCAGGUCUAAAAGGGUUAAACACUGGCCGAUGUGCUCACAGCAAGUUGAUGUGAAUUUUGAGUUUUUAAUUUUGAGUUCUGAUUAGUGGUUGGCUGCCAGAUGGAUGAGACAUUUAAUUCAUUUCCAAGUUUUUAAGUUACUGAAAACAGAAGAUAUUACCACCCAUAGUGGACAGAGCAGUGGGUGGUGAUGACCAUAACCACCAGUGUCCACAUUCAAAAGGGAAAAAAGCCAUAUGCUACAGGUCAACGCAUCGCUCUUUAGCUUUUAUGUGACACUGAAAAAAAAAUGGCAAAAGUCAUUUGACACAAUUCUGGUAGUCCCUGUCCCAUGACUUUAGGCAUGUCAGUGAAUUACAGACUCACGAUUCUUUACUGUGUAGAGCAGUAAGAUUCAAAAGCAUUUUUUUUGCAUUUGCACAAAGCACCAAUGCAGCAUAUAGCAUGCUUUUAGGUUAUAUUUAAAUAAAUAUUUCAAUGGAACCGUUUCACUCAUUACGUCAUUAUGUACUGUAUAUGGUUUAGGUUUCGUUUUCACAAGUGCCUGAAAUGACAAUCACUUUGCCAGUGAAGAAGGACUUGUGCUGUUUUACUGGUUUAUUGGUAAAUAAAUAGAGAGGAUAUUUAUUGAUCUGUUGGAUUCAUUUGUUUACACUUUUCACAAGCAGAGUAUGUGAAGAGAACUUGGCAUGUUAAAUACGUGUAAAUAAUCAUUACUGCAAUGUAUACAACUCCUUUUGUUAAUAAACAUCUUGUAAAAAGA